CGAAUAUCAGCCUAUUGAUAAAUGUCGUCAUCGACCCGUUGAGGAGAGAAAAAAGGCCCGUGGAUCCUUCUCUCCGGUCGUACCUUCGACAACAUUCCUCCGUCGGUGACAUCAUGACAUCAGCUCUCGGGUGCACGCUCCUGCUGUGGGAGGUCUGGGGUUGAUGAGCAUGGAGGGUAACCUUGCCGUGUUCUGAGUUUCCAAGACACAAAGUGGCCACACAGCAUCCAUGCUGAACCAGAAGACAGCUUAACGCACCGACCGAGCCUUUCCAGAACCCUCCGACAAUGGUUCCUCGGGGAGAGAACGCAAGCUCCGCCUCCGACAGCUGCCCCAACUGCAGCUCCGCCUCCGUCUUCUCCGAGAUCCAUGUUGCCAAGGCGAUCACCCUGGGGCUGGUGCUGGGGGUGUUUGUGGUGUUCGGCGUCCUGGGUAACAUCCUAGUCAUCCUGUCGGUGGUGUGUCACAGCCACCUGCGCUCAGUCACGCACUACUUCAUCGCUAACCUGGCGGCCGCCGACCUCCUCCUCAGCUCCGCGGUGCUGCCCUUCUCCGCCGCGUCGGAGGCGCUGGGCCGCUGGGUGUUCGGCCGGCCCUUCUGCGGCGUCUGGGCUGCCCUGGACGUGCUCUGCUGCACCGCCUCCAUCCUCAGCCUGUGCGUCAUCUCCGUGGACCGCUGCCUGGCCGUCAGCUACCCGCUGCACUACCGCUCCAUGUCCACCAGGGGGCGAGGCCUGGCCGCCGUGGCGGCCCUGUGGGGGCUGUCCGCCGCCAUAUCCGUGGGGCCGCUCUUCGGAUGGAAGGAACCGGAUCCCGAGGAUGAGACGGUGUGUCGGAUCACGGAGGAACCCGGCUACGCCCUGUUCUCCGCCCUGGGCUCCUUCUACAUCCCGCUGGCCGUCAUCCUGGUCAUGUACUGCCGGGUGUACGUGGUGGCCCGGCGGCAGACCCGGGCGCUGAGGGAGGGCGGGAAGAAGGAGGGGAUGCAGGCGGAGGGGGUGGCGCUCAGGGUCCACCGGGGGAAGGCGUCGCGGGAGGAGGAGGGGCAGGAGGAGGAGGGGGGGGGCCGGGGGGCGUCGGUGGCGUCCUCCCUGGUGAAGCUGCUGAGAUUCUCGCGGGAGAAGAAGGCGGCCAAGACGCUGGGUAUCGUGGUGGGGUGCUUUGUCCUCUGCUGGUUGCCCUUCUUCCUGGUUCUACCCAUCGGCUCUAUCUUCCCAGACUACAGACCGUCUGACACCAUCUUUAAGAUCACCUUCUGGCUGGGUUACCUCAACAGCUGUAUCAACCCCAUAAUAUACCCCUGCUUCAGCCAGGAGUUCAAGAAGGCCUUCCAAAACGUUCUCCGCGGUCGCUGCCUCCGCAGAGCGGGCGGGGGCCCCUCCCACACCUCCAGCCCCACCUGCCUGCCCUGCUGUUGGAGGGCCCCCUCCGGCUCCUCUGGUUCCUCCGGUUCCUCUGCCCAGCCUCGUUCCCAAAGCGCCCGCGUCCACAGCAAGAGCCUACUGAAGGCGUGGUGCUUCGCGGCGGGGGAACGUUCCGGUUCUUCCCCGGAGAACCCACGCCCAGACCCAUCUGUGUCCGGGGCUCAAACCAAGGUUCACCUGCUGUCACUGGGAGGCGAGGCGGAGGCGGGGUCCAACACGGACGUAUGGCUCUGA